AUGGACGCCAACACUUUGAAAAUAGUUGCUGUGAUCGGGGGCACAGGCAAGUCACUGCAUGACAACCCACAAUUUCGUGUGCGGGUUAUCUCGAGAGAUCCCAGCUCUGCAAAGGCAAAGAAGCUCGCUGAUUCUGGGAUCGAUGUCGUGCAAGCCGAUUGCUGGGAGACUGAUCAGCUUAUCGAGGCUUUCAAGGGGUGCUGGGGCGUCUUCAUCAAUAUUGACUCAGACGCACCUAACUUCAAGCAACGCAUUGGGCCUUCAGAGCUUCAAAUGGGAAAGGGAAUCGUGGACGCUGCUGUCAAGGCUGGUGUCAAGCAUGCUGUUCACGCUUCUCUUCCGGCAGCAUCCGAGUUGACUAAAGGCGAGGUUCCAGUUCUGGCCUUUGACGACAAAUCGGCUAUAUCUAAAUAUCUACUUGAGCCGGGAAAGUUUGAGACGGCGGCAAUUGUGAGUGCCGCAUGGUUUCUCGAAAACGCAUUCGAUCCAAAGUACACGGCCGCUUUCGGUGGGUUUGCCAUGAUCAAAGACGCAGAAGGCUACCUGACCUGGGAGACGCCAGCCAUGGGAAAUAAUCCCGAGUCCGUGCCAUGGUUGGCGGUCGCGGAUGAUUACGGUGAUUUCGUCCAUGGGGUCUUCUUGGAUCCCCAGAGAUGGAACGGUUGUUACAUCCAUGGCGUGUCGGACUCAUCAUCUUUCGCUGAAAUGACAGCUAAGUUUGAAGAAGUUACUGGCAAGCCUGCGCGAUACAAGGAAGUUAAGACCGGUGGUCUCAGUGCAGCCGACGAGUUCAAGACGAAGGAAGUCAAUGGCCUGUUCGAUCUCAUGCAAGCUAUCGAGGGAAAUUUCUUCAACGGAAUGCCCACAGAUCAUGAGAAUGCUCGUAUUCUCAAAAAGGCUGCAGCAGAGGCACGACAGUCUAACAUUAGUUUGAAGCCGAUGACGCUGGAGCAGUUCUUCCAGAAAUAUGCCAUGUAA